CUAUCGACAACUCCCCCUUCCUUUUAUUUGUGUGGGUGUGGAAUUUGCCAUGACGUCAUUAUUCAAAACUGCUGCAGGCAGGCUGUUGGCUAUUAAGUAUAGCUUUUCUGCCUAAAGAGCCCUACUUACAUUCUACAUUCAUGAAUUUACGAGUAAGGGUUACAUUAAUCAACCAUUAGUCCUGCAUUCACUCAGUACAAUUGGUGACAUUGUAAUAUAGGGACUGAGUAGGGACAGUGAAGAAAAGAAAAAAGAAACAAAAAAGAAAAACGCAACAAUAAUAAAAUGUGGAACGCUUCGAGGUUGGCCUCCACCGUAAUUCCGCAGUAACGGAGACAAGACAAUUGAGAGAGCAGUGCUCCGCAACUCCGAGGAGAGCAGCAGACGGCGCAGCGCAAAGUAAACCGAUCGAGCGGAAGCGAAAGUUGGAGCAUUUGUACCUAUAGGUAUAUAUACAAGUUAUUAGUACUGAUGGAUGUGGAUUUGGAGCAAAAGUGAAGCGGGCAAACGUUCAUGUAACAACAAUACGAUAACAAGUAACGCAAGAGGUCAGGAACGCGCGUCUCCAUCCGCUAUCAGUAACAGCUGAGACCUUCAAACUGGAUGAAAAAUCAGUAAAAAACUAAGAUGCUCCUUGGUGUGACAUAGUUGUACGAUAUUCCGCAUGGAGAUGAUCAUGAUGGGCAAGAUCUCGACCUUUGAACACUUUGACGUAUGUAGUUAGCGAAACUGGCCUUGUAUCGUACGCGACACCUACGCUCCAUUCGCACCUGCUGUUGUCUCACAUUUACAGCCAAUAUGGGGCUAUUGUUUUCCAAGUUGUGGAGCCUCUUUGGCAACGAGGAGCACAAAAUUGUCAUGGUAGGGUUAGAUAAUGCAGGAAAGACAACUAUUCUUUAUCAAUUUUUGAUGAACGAGGUGGUGCACACUUCACCAACGAUUGGAUCUAACGUAGAAGAAGUUGUUUGGAAGAAUAUACACUUUAUCAUGUGGGAUCUUGGUGGACAGCAGAGCUUACGAGCAGCGUGGUCCACCUAUUAUACUAACACAGAGUUUAUUAUUGUUGUGAUUGACAGUAUGGAUAGAGAAAGGCUAAGCGUUAUUAGGGAAGAGUUAUAUUCAAUGUUGGAACGUGAUGAACUUAGUAAGGCUGCUGUUUUGGUCUAUGCAAACAAACAAGAUUUAAAGGGGAGUAUGACUGCUACUGAAAUAUCAAGGCAACUAGAUCUUACAUCAAUAAAAAAGCAUCCUUGGCACAUACAGAGCUGUUGUGCACUCACGGGAGAAGGCCUAUACCAAGGUUUAGAAUGGAUUGUUGGUCGAUUGAAGAAAACAUGACGUAUGAUGUAACAAAAAAUACUCAUUGGACGCUAUUUUUGAACUGCAAAACAAAUAACUGUUUGGCUCAUGGAGACCCACGCUUCAGCAAACAAUAGAACUCUAUCGCCAACAUCGAUUCUAAAUAGUUUAUAUAGUGGGACUUUCCAAGAACCGUUCGUUUUGUUUGUUCAGAAAAAAGUUUCUAUGCAUUUAGAACAAUUGAACGCUGGCUCGUGAUCAGUCUUCUGCGAUUCUACCAAGGAAGCAUAUUCAUGUAUAUAGUUUUUAUACUUGCACGUUGCAAGCAACAAUUAGCUACGAAAAUUCUGACUGUAACUUGUCGAUGUUUACGGUAAACCGAGGAUCUCUAACGUCCUCAUUUGUGCAUUAAACCAAUUUACUGACUGGAAACACGCAAUGAAUCUUGUAAGACUUCUUGAUGAAGUUAACAACGAACUAGAAUGAAAAAAAGAAUACAAAAUCAAAUGCAAAAAAUAGACUACUGUGAUUCCCAGGAAUUUUUUUCUAAUU